AUGGAUGACAAAUACAUUAGUUUGGAAAAUUUUAACCCCAAGAAAAAGUAUCCGCCUUAUCUUGAUAGUCCAAGAUCUCUCAAAGCAUGUGCAAGGCAAGGAAUCACUCCUGAAGAGCUCCUAUAUAAACCCAAAAAAAUGUUUAAAUACGAAUUAGGUGAGCACAUUCCUAAACAAAUCAUUCAGUUACAUUAUGAACACUAUGAAGAGAAAAGAAAACAAAAGCUCGACCUACUAAUUGAUGAAAGAGAAAAAAUAAUCCAUGAAGAAAGCCAUUCAAGGCCAUCAUAUACAGAAGGAUCUGAAUACCAAGCAUCUAAUAAAAAUAAUUUUAUAUAUCCCAUUAUAAUAAUAAAUUGGCUAUUUUCUCAUAACAAAUAAAUUUCUAAAUUAAUUUUAUAUAAGGAUAAUUGAGCAUGAAAAGAAGAAGAUGGCUAUGAUGGAAAAACGCCAGCAGCAAGAAAUCCAACAGAUGAUUGACCAUGAAAAUCAGCUAGAAAAAAUUAGGCAGAGGAAUGAAGAAAAAGAAAGAAUUGCAAGGGAAAGAGAAUCGUUUAGACUAAGACAAAUUGCAUUGGAAAAUAAAGAAAAAGAAGAAAAGAAAAAAAGAGAUGAUGAAAUGAGAAAAGCAAAAGAGGAAGAGUUAGAAAGGGAAGCAAGGAGGAUUCAGGAGGAGCAUUAUAGAUGGGAACAAAAAAAAUUGAAAGAAGAUAGGAGGAAAGAAAAAAUUAGGAAAAAAGAAGCAAAGAUGAGAGAAAUCGAAAUGAGAAAAAAACAGGAAAUGCUUACUAUGUGUUUUAAAAAAUGUUUUUGAGGAAAUAAAAAUCAAGAAUUUCAUACAAUUUUUAAUUAAUCUAAAGAAAAAUCAUAUUCAUUAAUUCAGGAAGUUAGAGAAAAAACUGAACAAAUAAUGAGUCAACAAAGAGAAGAAGUGGAAAGGAAAAGAAUUGAAAUGGAAGAGAGAGACAGAGAGCGAUUGAGAGCUUUAGCAUACAUACAUUAGAAUUAUUACGCUUAACGUCCACCACGGAGGUCAGCAAGCCCCAGACCUAUCACCUUCUCUUCCACCUGCCGGACCCACAGGCCGCUGGGCCAGCCUGCUUUGCUUCACCAGGGCAAGCUUGGAGGGGUGUUACCGACUUCGACGACUCAUGAGUGAGUUACUGGCCAUGCCUCGACGCAGUUGCCAUUCCGAAAACCCAAAAAAUGGAUUUUCUGUAGGCUGUCGGCAAAAAGGAAAACUUGUAGCCCAGGACGUAACCCUAGUUUCACGCUGGGAAAUUGCCCGAUGGGCCUUGAAGGCUUUGCUGAGCCUUUCCCUUUCCAACUACCUGUCUCCUUUACCUGCGGGGUAAAAAUCCAUCCCAGAAAAUAAGCUAGGGCUAGGCUCUGCUCACUGCCAGAAUUACUUACCUAGCAUUGCUGCCCAUUUCUAGAAUGGCAAAGCCUUGCCGGAUAUAAUUUAAAUAGGGCUCGAACUGCUUGGCCGAGAGGCCAAGCCCAAGUUGAGACGCCAUAUUUAAAUUAUUGAGAGCUUUAGCAGAAAAGCAAGCCCAACUUCAAGCAGAAAGCGAAGCAGUUCGAAAAGCAAAAGAAGAAAAACUUGCAGCAGCCAGAGAAAAUCUCGAAAAAUUACUCUAUAGGCGCAAACAAGAAUACAAUCAAAAACAGCAUCAAACUGAAGAAAGAAGAAACGCCUUCGAAAAAUUACGAGAAUCUGCUAAAAGAAGAAACGUCCUCAAAGCAAAAGAAAAAGAAAAAAAAAUCGCAGAAAUCAUCAAAAGUGCCCAAGAAAUUGAAGAAAAAAGAAAGCACGAAUAUUUAAAAGCAAUGAAAAAAGCUGAAAAAAGGAAAAUGUGACUAGAAAAGUUAGCAGAAGAAGACCGAUUCCGCAAGCUUCAAGAAGAAAGCUUAAGGGACCAAGAAAGAGCCGCAGUUAAAGAAAGGAUGGACCAAAUCCAAGAAAAAAGAAAAAAAGAAAUAUGGUCCCGAAUAAAGCAGACAGACCGACAGGUAGAAGAAGUAAAAAAAAGGCAAGCAUGAGAAUUAAGAGUAAAACAAGAAAUGUCCAAUUUAAAAAGAAAAGACCGUGAAGAAGAAGUACAAAGGCAGCAAAGAAUCCAAGAAUAUCAGCGGCAAAUGACUUUACAAAGAAUCAAAGAAGAUGAUGAAAAAACAAGAAAAGUUUUGGAAGAAAAAGAAAAACUUAUAGAAACAAGGCAUGAGAUUAGGAGGCAAAUGGAGAAAAAGAAAGAAAAACUCAUGAGAGAUUUUAAUUCAAUGAAAACUAAAAGUCAUGGAGUUUCUGUUAAUACUGAUUUAGAUUUCCAAAGCAAUUCGGUAUCUAGGAAUAUACAAAGUGAAGCUUUAACGCCAAGAAUUUCUACAACACAGACUAAAAAACACAAAAAAAAGCAUUCUAGAAGGGCAAAAACUUCUGACCGCUCAAAUGGCCAAUCCUCUUAAUCUUAAUUAGAGGUCGAUCCAGCCUAUUGGCUACACAGUCACCAAGGACCACUAGAGGAUUCAUCCCCUUUUCGACGCUGUCAGAUAAGCUGGGCUGGAUUGAGAUGAUCCCUAAUAAGAAAAGGAUCGACAUCACCUUACUCCUCCUUCCGUCCUAACGCCAUGGAACAUCAAAAGUGUUCGCUCUUUCUCCUCCUUGCCUUGCAGCCCCAUAGUUAAGCGGGGUGGACUAUGGACUCUUGUGGCUGUUGCUUGAGUGCAUUACACAGAAAUCACAAAAAUUGAAUUUCUGGCCUUUUCGGCAAAAACUCCCUGCUUUUGCGCUAUAAAAAUUUUCCAAUAGUUGUAGACAUUUGCCUGUCGACUAUAUUGAACUUCACCUUUUCAACAAUAAAAACUCUCUAUUUCCUUCGAGGUAAAAUCUAACUCUGAAAGCAGACUAGGACUAGGCUUCACUCACUGCUGGAAUUGCUUACCAUUGCUGUCAAUUUCUGGGUUGGCAUAACCAUGCCGAAUAUAAUUAAAUAUAACCAAUCCUCAUCAAUAAAUGACGACUCUUUUUCAAGCAGCCAAAGAAAAGGGUCAAUUAAAUAUUCAAAAGAAACUGCAGUCCAAGAAAUUGAAAAUUUAAAGAAAAAGCAUAAUAUAGAGCUUAGACAAAGACUAGAAAUGGAGCAAGAAAAGGAAAAAGAAAGAGGGAUGAUUCUAGAUUCUAUAGCAGAUGAUAAAGAAAGAAAAAGGCUUGAUAAAAUAUUUGGCGUUGAAAGAGCUAAAGCUUCUCAAGCAUUAGUUGAAACUAUAUAUACCAAUUUAUAGUGAUUAUUAAUUAUUAUAAUAAAUUAUUACUACAAAAUUUUAAUUUAUUAUAAAUGGUAUAUAAUUUUGGAAUAAAUUUGCAUAUUGAUUAUAAAAAAUAAUAAUAUUCAUAUUUAAAAUAAAAUCUAUAAAAAGAUUUGAACAAGAAAUAGAACAAACUAAAAGAAAAUAUGAAUUAUCAUAA